UAAUUCAUGUAUUUAUCAUGGAAAUUUAACUUGAAAUUUCUGCUUCAGUUGGAUUUCGUAUUACGUACUAUAUAGUACGAACUUCAAAAUUCGUAUGCUAGCUCUGUUCUAUUCGCUACUCCGAGUAGCUCUGUGUACUCUCGUGAUUUUCUCCGGAACCGAUAAAAGAGUAGAGAGAGUAGGGGAAAUGAGUCUUCGAAAAGAACACAAAUCCAAGAACACCUUGUAAAACAACUAAAUUUCAACAAAAAAAAGAAAAUAAACACUCGUAAAACAGAAUGUCGGAAUACUGAUUGUAAAAAAAAAAAUGUCGCCUUAAAAAAUCUGCUCUUUUUACUCUACUCCUUCUGCACUUCCUUUUCAGCAGGUGUAGAAAAACCUGCUCUAGAGCUGCUCUUUUGACUCUACUCCUUGCGAAAAGAACGAUUAGACGGAUUACUCCGAGUAAAAAUGUGCCAAUAGAACACAGUAUUGCUGCUCGAAGCAACUCGGAGUUGCUCGGAGCAGCGAAUAGAACAGAGCUUAAGUGAAGAGGGGGAAAAAAGAGUCUCCAACUGAUAAGAGUGAUAAGGUAGUUUUGUGAUUGUAGAGCGCAACUUUUGUGCUUUUUGAACUUUGAAUUUAAAAUUUUAUAGAAUAAUGUAGGUAUCAAGUUUUAAUUUUAAUCUUUAUUAAAGACAUUCUAUUCUGGAUUUGUUGAAGAUUUUGUACGAAAACGACGUGAUGUAAUUUAGAAAUCCGAGCCUAAUGUGUUUCGUGGCCUAAGCAGGUUUCCCAAAAGCAAAUAUUGGAGUGAAGUAUGGAUUUGCCGAAAUCUCGCCGUCCUCCAUGUCAUGGAACUAAAUUUUCAGAAAAUACGAGCAAACGAUUGAAAACUAGUGCUUUUCCUGAAGCAAAGGCGGGAAAAUUCAAGUACAAUUUCAUCCCAUCGUUAGAACAUAUAGCUCGAAUAAAUGUAAUUCUUCCUGCGUGGAAUCAUCCCAGUAUUAGAAGUAGCAUGAGAAAUUUAUUCAAUAUUGAUGUCAACAGACGAAUCAUAGAAAUAAGUUAUUGGAGAAAAAUUGAAAUAGAAGUCAUUGAAAGAAUCGAACAGUUACCAUUACCAAAAUCUGUUAUCGAAUCAUUAAUGUGCCAUACUUCAGAUGUAGGUAAAGAAAUUAUUGGAUGGAUAAUGUAUUACGAAAAAAAGAUAUUGAGCAGAAUUCAAGAAUCAGAUCCGCUAACGAUUUUGAAUCAUCUGGACAACUUGGUAUGGACACCUAGAGGAACUAUACAUCAUGUGAAAACUGCCCAGUCCAUCAUGAAUAAUGAAGAAAUUUCUGCUAUGGAGAAAUAUAUGGUAGCAUGUACAUUUUGUUUGGAAGAAGAAAUUUUCAUUUACGCUAGAAACAGAUCUAUGGCGAUUAUCAAGUCGAAUUAUGAAUCUGCGCACGUGAAACGUAGUCUGCCGAUGCUGUGGUUCUGGACACAUUGUGCAGAAGGAAGAUUGAAUGAAUUAUGCAAGAAAGAAACACAAUUUACCGUGUACGAAAGCAUAUACGAUUGUUUAAUUGAUUUAAUCUCGUAUUCUGGGAAAUCAAUCAGUGGUGAAAGUGACGCAGCUAUAAAGUACAUUUGGUGCAAACUCACGCAACGUGAAAAAGAGAAGUUGAUUAAGCCUAUAUUGAAAAUAUGCAGUGCGGAGUGCUGCUGUUUUUUACUAUCGCAUACCAGUAGAUUUCUCGAGCAAAAGAUACUGAAGAAACGAAGUCAUUACAUUCUCAAACUUUUCAUUGAAAAUCAUUUGUGGGUUGAUGAGAUCGUUCCAAUGGUGCAUUAUACAUUUCAGUAUUUUAAUGAAGAAAGUUAUAGCGAAAUUAUGAAACUGCUACAACGCUACUUGAAAUAUUAUCGUAAAAAAAUAACCAGUUGUUUAUUUAUGUACAAUAAAUACGCGGAAAUUCUCGAAGAGAUGUGGAUACUUUCUCCGCCUAACUACAAAAAUGAAAUUUUUGAACGCGACGAUCAUCUCGGAGCUGAAAUAAUUUAUGCAUUAGCGUGGGAACACAGUGAGAGACUAAUUCGUUUGAUUUUUUCAGGUAUUACUCCUGCUCAAAGAAAAGACGUGAUGGAGUCGAAACAUGGUGUUAAAAAAUGCACUCAUUUUAUUUCUACUAAUCAAAAAAGGUCUUUCGAUGAAUUUUCAUGUUUGGCUUUUACGCAAGAAUACGAAUUGAAUGCCUUUAAAAAAUCAUUAAUGAGAACGCAAAGUUCGCAGAUUUUUUCUGUCAUUAGAAAAGAAAGAGGUUGGAGGGGCGUAAUAGAUUUUCUCACGUGGUUUUGUAAUUUACCUCAAAUAAAUGCAGAUGAGCUGUGGCAUAACAUUGACGUUACAUUUGAAAAUUAUUUCGAUGAUAAUGUCAAAAAAAUCGAAAAUAAAGCCCAUAUUUUAGCGUGCUAUUUUUCGGACGAAGAUGAAGCUGUGGCAGACUCGGCGUCUGAAAAAGAAAAGAAAUUCGCCAAAUUUGAAGAACUCAUGAAAUGGUAUUUAGGUCUCUCCGAAAUUCAUCAUGAACGAGUGUUAGAGGAUCGAUGUAAUCACUUGGAAACACUGGUUUAUUUUUCUCUGAAAGAAAAUAAUUUCAAUUUAGUUAGUCGUGUUCUGACUCUUAGUUCAUUCUUUCCUCAAAAUUAUUUCUCAGGAAUUCGGCAUAAAAAACUUUUUUCUAUGUCUACUGCAUUGUUUAGAAACAAAACUUUAAUUUUUGAUUUUAUUCUAAGAAAAGACGAAUUCAAAUCUUUGGAAAAUUGCCAGCGUUUGCAUUUCCCAAACACCGAAGAAAAAAUUGUUGAUUGUAAAUUUUGGAACGUUGAUUUUUUUACAGAAUUACUCAAGUUGAGUGAUUACGAAUUGGUGAAUGAUUACAUUUCAUGGUUGAAGCUGUCCGAUGAACAAAUAUUAAAGUUAAAAUGCGAUCUGCUGUACGAAGGAGCAAUGUGUGAAGUAGCAAAGACAUACUUCGAAAAUGAAAUAAACGAAUUUGAGUUCCUACGAAAGUCGAGAAGACUCAUUGACUGGAUAAAUCCAACGAGAGUUAUGAUAUCUGGGUUUAAUUACGAUAUGAAUCAGGAAGAAUGUAUUUUGAAAUUUUCGAAUCUUCUAAAUCAAUACAGAAGAGAGGAACCCCCAAGAAUUUGAAACUAGGUAAUUUAAAUUCAUUCAAGUGUACCAUUAUUAAUUGGAGAAAGGACGUUUGUUUUCAAAGAUUUUAUACGAUGUUUAACAAAUGAUAGAAAAAGUUGAAUAAAACAUACUUAUUAUAAAACAGAAUUUUAUUUUUAUAAUAGCCAAACAUUUUAAAAACUAAGAACAAAAAUGCAUCAACGGAAACGUAUUCAGACAUUCGAAUAUAAUAAUAAUGAUGUAAGAGAAAAAUCGAUACAAAAUUCAAUCCUCCAACGCACAAAUCGAUCAUACAUCAAUCAUUCGAUUCCUACUAUUAAUCCAAUAAAUCCAUGAAUAUUUGAACCCACAAAUCAAUUAGAAAGCAAUUAAGAACACACGAUAGAGCUUUCUUAAAAACCUAAAUUCAUGCCAUUUUUCUCGCGAUUUUCAGUCCAUGCCUUAGCAAUGGUACGUUUCAUGUCGUCGUCACCAUCCAUGUACAUUUGUUUCAACAGAUUCAUCACCCCAGCAGACGGAUCUGCGUCGUCAUCCAUUUUCGGGGGUUUAGGGGUGGUCGUGUCUUUAGCCGUUUUCGUUAAACCAGACCACUUUGUAUCAGAAGAACCUUUUUUAGCCAGUGAAACAACCACCAUACCUAUUAAACAAUGAUUCGAAAGAAGAAGAAAUUACCAUCGAUAUACAACGAUUUUUCAGCAUAAUAAGUUUCGUAAAAUUAUAGAAUUACCUGUCUUGACUUUCCAAGAAGAUUCUUCAGGUUUUAUACUUUGGAAGAGGUUUUUCACAGAAAGAGUGUGAUUCUUUCCUUCCAGUUCUUUCACUAAUAAAUCGAAAGAUCUAAAACAAACGAAGCAUAUUAACGAGGUGAACACAUACUCAUACAACAAUCGUAAUAACCAUGAUGAAGCCACUCACGUUUCGGUGAAAGUGCAAAUGAUGUUUUCACUGGGAAUGGUGUGCACAUUGGGUAAGGUAACGAAUAUCUUCACCGUUUGAUUGGUUUGAUCCCAGGCUGAAUACGAAUGCACCACGAUUAGGCUACUUAUAAAUUUUCAUCGACAGAAAAAGAACAAGUAAUACUUACCAUAUGUGGUGAUUUUGAUAUCGUACGUUCGUCUAGAAGUUGUAACGGUGGUUGAACUCGGUUGAAUAGUGUUCUCCUUUUCUUGAAGCAAGGAUAUUUCCGUUUCUAUCUUCUUAGCUUCUAUGGAAAGUAUAUCUUUGAUCUUCUUUCUAUCGGUUAGAUCUGCUAAUCUAUACAGCUCAGCAACAUCAUUCCUCAACUAGAACCAUGACCGCAGUGAAUAUUUUAAUUAUCACUCACAUGAAAUCGUGAAACACGUUCAACAAAGUACUUACCGUUUCAACUCUGGACGACAUGUUUGAAUUGAAAUUACGAAGAAAUAGACACGGGAAUGUAAAAAGAAACUAGAUUUUUUUAAUUUCAAAACUCAGCAGAAAUAGUAAACGCACUCGACUUGGCUGUAAAUAGAAAAUAAGAAAAAAUGUGUUUGAAAUUGAACUUCGAAUUCGCUGCAAAA